AUGUCACGCUCGCGACUCGUCACAUGGCACGCUCUGCGCUUGUCACAAGCGCAACGGCUCAGGUCGACCUCGAACCUGAGGCCUGAGCUCCGAGUAGGCGGCAGUUGUCAAUUGCCAGCCAUUGCGAUUGCGGUUAAAUGGAUCCCUCAGAGUCCUCCGGGAGCGUCGGGCGAGUCGCUGUUCGAACGUGCAAUGUUCACCUUCAAUCCUCGCCUAGUAGCAGUGUCAAUCCAAUGCAAGCGAAGUUCGUGUCCGAAGCCUACUAGACACGGCCACGCCCUCCCUAUCUUCGCGAGUCUGCAGCAAGAGAUCAUAUCGGAUGCUGCCGUUGGCCGCGACCGACUGUACACGGUACACAAUAGACAAUCCCUACCUCAUGUAAUGCGUGCUGAAGGAGAUAUUGCGCUGAGUCUCUCAUUCUACGUCUGCCAGCUAUGGAGCGCAGCUGAACCUGUCCUGUCUUUGAGCGUUCAUUCCCGAUUGCUUCUGGAAGCUGUCGCCCGAAGAUUCGGAGCGCACAGACCUUCGAAACAUAGUUUAUGGUCGUGGCCGCCGUUAUUGAGUGAACCGGCUACAUCCUCCAGCAUCUGGCCAGGCCGUCGGUUCGCAAACGUCAGCGUCUGGCCGUGGCGGCAUCCGACAUCCGCAAGACACGGGACAUUGCGAGCAACGAGGUCAUACCUGCGAGUUUUGAAUCUGGUUCAACACGUGUUCAAUCAAGCCACGAUCGCAGCAGGCUGUAAGGCCUAUCACGAACACGGCGUGCAAACGAAUGCAUUGAGGACCGAACGAAAACAGAACGGCAUCGCGCUUGUAAAUGUGUCAGCUUCUCCGUGUCGAAUGGAAGGGACAGGGAAGCUCUAA